AUGUUUGAGCGUGCCUGUAACGAGGUUAUCCGACUGAACGGCGAGGAUAUCGGAGAAGACUUUAGCCUGCCGAGCCCACUUCAGGCAAUGCCAACUGAAGAGCCGCCGGCACCCGAAAGUCAGCCGGAAACGUUUUCCUCAGAUUGCCCUAGGGACGAGGAAGAUGUGUGUCAGGAGGGACCCCAACAGCCAGGAAAACCAAUUCUCGGAGUUGAAAAGACCAAGGAGCUGAAGAUUUCCAUAGCGGAAGACGAUAAAAGGGCGCCUCUGAUAGAUCCGAGCUCUUCUGAUUUGUUUGCCGCCAAAACAUUUUCUCCUCUGUCUUUGUCUACUGUGUCCAUUACUCCGGCUUCUCAGAUCGUCGAAGAAGAGAUGGUUUUCCGCCCAAUCGACAAC